GGAAGAUAUCGAGCUUCUCAUGCUCUUGCACUCACGCUUCCAUGGGGCGUUGAGCGAUGUCACGUGUGCAUGGAGUAGUCCGUAAAUCUGGCAACUUGGAACGCUGAACAUAGCUCGGAUCCUAAACACAACUUCACUUAGGACGUCGCAUUUGAUUUCCAUUUGCGUGUCAUUCUCUAGCUGCCGGGUAUUUCUUUACGUUUUGUUCUGUUUCCCCGCGACGACACAACGAUAAUUCAUUGAGCAAGCUCUGGUCAAAUCAACAGAUCGACAGAAUGGUACGCCUUCGAGAGAUUCCUCGGACGGCAGCUUUUGCGUGGUACCCUGGACCGGAUUCGCCUUUGGUAGUGACUGGAACUAGAGCUGGUGCGGUCGAUGCAGACUUUUCAGACGAGACAAAGCUGGAGCUGUGGGACUUGAGCCUGGACGACUUGGACCAAGGCGUGGAGCUUCAGCCUGUUGCGAGCAUUAGCUCAGAAUCACGAUUCCACGAUAUUGCAUGGGCACCUGCGAACGCCGAUCACCCAAGGGGCAUAAUCGCUGGAGCUCUCGAAAAUGGCUCUUUGGUACUAUGGGACGCAGAGAAGCUUAUGAAAGGGGCAGAUGAUGCAUUUAUGUCACAGACAACUAAGCAUACAGGAGCUAUCAAAUCACUGCAAUUCAACCCCUUGAAGCCGCAGAUUCUGGCAACCGCAGGCGCAAAAGGGGAGCUAUUCAUUUACGACAUUAACGAUAUCCAGAACCCCUUUAGAUUGGGCACAGCCGCAGCGAGAUCGGAUGACCUUGAAUGCGUCGCCUGGAACAGAAAGGUGUCUCAUAUUUUGGCGACUGGUGGAAGUGGUGGUUUUGUAACUGUCUGGGACUUGAAAACCAGAAAAGCGUCUCUCACAUUGAACAACAAUCGGAAGGCUGUGGGAGCUAUUGCGUGGGAUCCCAAUAAUGCUACGAAACUUUUGACCGCGACUCCCGACGAUACAACUCCAGUCAUCCUUCUGUGGGAUCUGCGAAACUCGAAUGCGCCAGAACGAACCCUGCAAGGUCACGAUCAAGGGAUUCUAUCUCUGUCAUGGUGCCAGCAAGAUAGCGACCUUUUGUUAUCUUGUGGCAAGGAUAAUAAGACAAUCCUCUGGAAUCCACAAAAUGGGGAGCGUUUAGGAGAAUUCCCUGAAGUCACAAACUGGACUUUCCAGACUAGAUUCAAUCCGCACAAUCCGACCUUGUCUGCUACCGCUUCGUUCGAUGGCAAAAUCUCUAUCCAAACUCUACAGAACACCAACCCUACUACAACGCAGACUCCUGUCCAGGGCCCGGUUGAUGGCGAAGACUUCUUCACCAAAGCUCAAACUCAACCCCAAGGUGCUUCAUUUUCUUUGACAAGGGCACCAAAGUGGCUGGAAAGACCUGCUGGUGCUUCAUUUGGUUUUGGAGGAAAGCUAGUAAGCUUUGGCCUGUUGCCUACAGCAAUUGGUCAACAUCGAUCAUCCAAAAUCCAGAUUUCUAAUUUCUCUGUUGAUUCUGAUGUUGGAUCCGCUACCGAAGCAUUCGAAGCUGCCCUUGUAGCUGGUGACAUUGGCAGCAUUUGCGAAUCCCACAUCUCGAAAGCGAAAAGUGAAGACGAAAAGGCUGACUGGAGAGUCAUUGAAACUUUAAUUGCUGAGAAUCCACGGAAACGGGUUACCGAGUACCUUGGUUUCACAGAUGAAGUUGAAGAGGCAAGCAAUGGUGCUGCGGAUAGCGACUUGGGUGACUCGAAGUCAGGGGAGGCCGGGGAAACUACCAACGGUACUGCUGCAAAGAACAGUAGACUGUCUACUCUCUUUGCAGACGGUGUCGAUGGGGAAGACUUCUUGUCGAGCAUUGCAGCUACAAAGGGUGCCAAGACUGAUAACCCGUUUCAUUUGUUCUCCGAAGCCGAUUCAAAUUCCGAGAAGCAGAUCACAAAAGCAUUAAUGCUGGGCCAGUUUGAAAGAGCCAUGACGAUUUGCCUGAAGGAGGAUAAGAUUGCAGAUGCUCUCAUUAUUGCAAACUGCGGUGGAAAGGAGCUGCUUGAGAAGGCACAGUCAUCCUAUCUUUCCCGGAAAACUGAAGGCCCUAAUUACCUCCGCCUACUGACUUCCGUCAUCGGCAAGAACUUGUGGGAUGUCGUGUACAAUGCAGAUCUCUCCAACUGGAAAGAGACAAUGGCGACACUGUGCACCUAUGCGGAUCCAAACGAGUUCCCAGAUUUGUGUGAGGCACUAGGAGACAGGGUAAUGGAGAGUGGUUCUUUCAAGGAUGCCUCAUUCUGUUACUUAAUAGGAUCGAAGUUGGAGAAGGUGAUUAAUAUCUGGAUCACCGAGUUACAGGAAGCAGAGAAAGCCGGUAUUGCAGACUUGAAUGGAGAUUCUUCUUUUUCAAUUCAUGCCCGUACUCUCCAGAACUUCAUCGAGAAAGUCACCGUCUUCCGCGAUGUCACCAAAUUCGAGGACUCGGAGCAGAAUCAGACCUCGGACUGGAAACUCGCUCCACUGUAUGAGAAAUACACUGAGUACGCCGACAUCGUCGCAGCUCACGGGCACCUGUCAAUUGCGGAGAGAUACCUCGCUCUACUUCCAACUCAGUAUCCGGCAGCAGAAGUAGCCCGGAACCGAGUCAAACUUGCAUCAAGAAAGGGAGCUCCAGCAGCUAAACCUACUCAGCCAACUUUGACCACCAGAGCCCCACGAUCUCAGCAGGGCUACCAGCCCUUAGGAACUCCUGCUGCGACACCAGCUCGUACAGCUCCAAAUGCAUUCGCACCUCCAGUUCCCGCACCUGUGUCCAACCCAUACGCUCCCCCGACAAACACAUAUGCCCCUCAGCAGACAGGUUAUCAACCACCUCAACAGGCUGGCUAUGGAGGAUUCAAUUCUGGCUAUAAUGCCCCUGCCGGAGGCUAUGGAGCGCCUCCCCCAGCUUUUGGUGCCCCCCCUCCCCGAAAUAUCACUCCGUCUGGUCCACCACCUUCCCAACGGAAGAAUAUGGAGCAGUGGAACGAUACCCCUAUGGUUACCAAGCCACCUGUUGCGCGACGAAGCACACCUGCAGCCGCUCCAAUUACUUCGCCUUUUCCCAACCAGCAAGGCCAUUCCAUGCCUCCACCAGCACCUCCGUAUGGGUCAAGAGCAACUCCAACGCCUCCUCCUCCCCCACCUAAAGGCCCUGCUCCACCCCGCAUAAGCUCGCCGUUGACGACAGGUCAUCCCCACUCGUUCCAACAACCAGGUCGUCCAUCUUCAGCUGCUAAUCAGUACGCUCCUCAGCAACCAAACUCACCUGCCCAGCAAUACGGACAUCCCGUUCCAGCACCCACAAUUGCUCGCGGCCCAUCUCCUUACAAUGCACCACCAGCAGGACCUCCCCCUUCGAAUAGAUAUGCCCCUUCACCUGCAGUCCAGCAGUACUCUCAACCGCCGUCACCACAAUCUCAAGUUGCACCCCCUCCUCCGGCCGGAAACAGACCUCCACCAGCCAAUCCUUAUGCUCUAGCUACCAACUCGCCUCAGAAUCAAUACGCUCCUGCUCAGCCCCCACAGCAAGCAAACCAGGCGCCACCACCUCCCCAAGGACCACCGCAGGGUUCCCGCCCACCAACAGGUCCCCCACCUAGGGCUGCUCCAGCAGCAGCUGCUGCCCCUACUAAGACCAAGCAUCCCGCCGGAGAUCGAUCUCACAUUCCAACGAAUGCUCAGAGGAUGGUAGAAAUUUUCACUUCCGACAUGCAGCGAGUUGCUUCAAAGGCACCUGCUUCAUUCGCUGCUCAAGUCAAAGAUACUCAGAAGCGACUGAACAUUCUGUUUGAUCAUUUGAACAACGAGGAGCUCAUCAACCCCGAUACGAUUCAGAGAUUGAGCGAACUUGCCGAGGCAUUACAAGCGAAGAAUUUUGACGUUGCUGCAAAACUACAAGUCGAUAUCCAACGAGAGAAGACAGAAGAGUGUGGUAACUGGAUGGUUGGUGUCAAGCGUUUAGUCAGCAUGAGCAAAGUAACCCCUUAGAGCUAAGACCUUGGAAGGAGCAAAAUGGGUGACGGGUCAGUCAUAUUGCAGUGUGCAA